CCAGCUCUCGCGGGGCGCCGCGCGCGCGAGGCGCGAGCGCGCCGCAGCCCGGGGGAGCAUGCUGCCGGACGGGCAGGAGGGCGGCGACGACGAGGAGUUCUGGGACGCGGAGUCCUGUGGCUCCGGCAGCGCGGUCCGGCUGUCGGACGGGGACGGCGACGCCCAGGAGAACCUGCCGACGACGGGAGCUUGGAUGAUCUCGAGUACUUGUCCCUUGACCUGGCCAACCUGCUGCCCACCGAGUCGCUGCUGCCCCUGCUGGAGAUCCUCAGGGCCCGCGAGGGCAAGGCGUGCCAGCUGAGCCGCGAGAACGAGAGGCUCCGUGAGGAGGUGGGGCGGCUGCGCUCCAAGGUCUGCGCAGAGCGGAGCAGGCGCACGGAGGCCGCCGCCGCCGCGCGGGGCAGGCCGCCAAGGGCCGCGGACGCGGAGGAGGCCUUCCACGACGCGGAGCCCCGGGUCACGGCCGCGGAGCAGGCGGACCUCGAGCGGCGCGUGGCCGCGUUCGUGGCCGAGCGCCGGGGCGAGGCUGCGGUCGGCGGCGGCGACGCGCUGAGCGAGGACCUGCAGGAGGCUGCAACGGAAACGUUGGAGUUCUUGCAGGACCUCCGACAGGGAGAGCGCUGCGGAGCAACUGCCCCGGCUUCUGGCCACGCUGACCCAGUGGCUCGACUGGAGCACCCGCGCGGAGCUGGCGCCGGUACCGGGCGCCUCGCAGCUGCUGGCCAGGGUGCCGGAGGGCACCCUGUGGCACGCGCACUCGCGGGCGCUGGCGAUCUCGGAGGAGAGCUGGCUGGCCUGCGGGCCAGCGCGGCGAGCGCCUUCGGGGAGCUGCCCGAGUGCGCGCCGCGUGCGCUGCAGGCCAUUCAAGCGAGCUCAUCCAGCACCCACGCACACAGAGUGGGCAUGGCGUGCCUGGCGCUGGCCACCUUCGCCGCCACCGGCCGCGAGGCCGUGCUGGAGGAGAGGGGGCGCGGCUGGUUGGCAGUGUUGCAGGCUGCGAAGAUCCGCCAACGCCACCCAGAGGUGCAGGCGUGGGCGCUCGCGGUGCUGGCGAACUGCUCGCCGGACCUGCCGCGGGACGGCGGCGGGGCCGACCUCGCGUGGCAGGGCGUGGCCGCCUGCUGGGCGGCGGCGCGGGCGAUCCCCAACGCCAGGGCGGUGCUCGAGAGAGCGGCCCACGCGCUGGCCGCGCUCCUCAACGCGCACCCGCGGAGGGCAGGCGCGGCGGCGAGGGCCAAGGGCCUGCUGCCGAACCUGCGGGAGGCGGCCGUGGCGUUCGCGCCAGCGCUGGAGGCGAACUGGCCGCUGCACCGGCGGCUGGCGGAGGCGGAGAGCGCCUUCAAGCGGGCGGAAGCCGCCGCCGGCACGGUCGCCGCCGCCGAGCUGUCGCCGAGGGGCGAGCGCGAGCACGGGGGCUGCGACAGAGAGCCCGCGACACGCCUCGCCCCGUAG